AUGUCAUUCCAACUUUCCGAAAUUACUUACAAAGUUCCAGUCGAACUUUUCAUUCAAAAUCGUGAACGAUUAGUUCAAAGUGCUCGACAAAAUUUGGGAAAAGAAAAAUCGGAAAAUUCGGUGAUUGUACUUCAAGGUGGAAUUGAAAAGAAUCGAUAUAACACUGAUGCCGAAGAUUUGCCAUUCAGACAAGAAUCGUAUUUCUUCUGGACGUUUGGUGUUCACGAAUCGGAAUUCUGGGGAGUUAUCGAUGUUUCGACUGGAAAAUCGACACUUUUUGCACCACGUCUUGAUCCAAGUUAUGCUAUUUGGGAUGGAAAGUAAGUUAUAUUUAUUUAGAAAUUUGAGUAAACAAUAAUUUUUGAUUUUAAAGGAUCAAUAAUGAAGAAUUCUUCAAAAACAAAUACUGUGUUGAUGAAGUGAUUUUCAAUGACAAAAAUACAACAAUUUCUGAAUAUUUGAAAACACAAAGAACUAAAAAUGUAUAUUUGUUGGUAAGUUUUAUUUGUACAAAACAAGUUGUCUCACAAUCAGUUUUAAAAUUUAUUCAGCGAGCUGAUAACACUGACAGUGGAAAUAUUCUGGAAGAACCAAAAUUAACUGGAUCUGAAAGGUAUUUAAUUUUUAUUGUCGAAAUGAUCAUCUGAUAAAAUAUUUAAGUUUCAACGUGGACACAAAAUUCCUUUAUCCAAUAAUUGCCGAACUUCGAGUUAUCAAAACAGAACAUGAAAUUGGAGUAAUGAGAUAUGCAAGUAAAAUAGCAUCAGAAGCUCAUCGAGCAGCAAUGAAAAAUGUUCGACCAGGAAAUUUCGAAUAUCAAAUGGAAAGUCUUUUUAGACACACUUCAUAUUUUCAUGGUGGAUGUAGACAUUUGGCAUAUACUUGUAUAAGUGCAAGUGGAUGUAAUAGUUCAAUUCUUCAUUAUGGACAUGCAAAUGCACCAAAUGAUAAACAAAUCAAAGAUGGAGAUAUGUGUCUUUUUGAUAUGGGACCAGAAUAUAAUUGUUAUGGUUUGUUGAAAUAUUAUUUUCAAUUUUCACCAAUUAUUUUCAGCUUCUGAUAUCACAACUUCUUUCCCAUGUAACGGUAAAUUCACUGAUAAACAAAAGGUUGUUUACAAUGCUGUUUUGGCAGCAAAUCUUGAAGUUUUGAAACAAGCUAAACCUGGUAAGUAUUUUGAAUCUAAAACUAAAAACUCAAAGAAAAAUUUGAUUUUAGGAGUUCGCUGGACUGAUAUGCACUUGUUGGCCGAAAAAAUAAUUUUGGAACAUCUUAAAACAGCUGGAUUGAUUGUUGGAGAUGUAAAUGAAGCUGUUGCUGCAAGAGUUGGUGCUAUUUUUAUGCCACAUGGAUUGGGGCAUUUGAUUGGAUUAGAUGUUCAUGAUUGUGGAGGUUAUUUGGGUGAUGCGACACCUCGAUCAACUGAACCUGGUUUGAAAAGUUUGAGAACAACAAGAACAUUGAAGGAGAAUAUGGUUAUUACCAUUGAGCCUGGAUGUUAUUUUAUCGAUUUUCUUAUUGAUCAAGCUUUAGCUGAUCCAGUAAAAUCGAAAUUUCUUGUCAAAUCCGAAAUUGAUAAAUAUAGAGGAUCGGGAGGAGUGAGUUUCUAUUUUUAAUUUAUGAUUUCACUGUUGAAUUUAGGUUCGAAUCGAAGAUGAUGUUGUAAUUAGAGCCGCAGGAAACGAGAAUCUCAGUGAUCUUCCAAGAACUGUUGAAGAGAUCGAGAGUUUCAUGAACAAAGGCGAUGAAUGGACUGAUUCCAAAAUCGCACAAAGAGUCAAAGAUCAUUUGAAAAUUUAA